UUUUUUGUUGACCGUCUCGUUGGUAUACUAUGGCUGCCUCACAAAAAUUUUGCCUGAAGUGGAACAACUUCCAGAACAGUGUAACCUCAGUGUUUGACAGCCUGCGGCAAGAUGAAGAACUGGUGGACAUUACAUUGUGCUGUGAGGGGAGAAAGAUAAAGGCGCACAGGAUGAUGCUGUCAGCAUGCAGUCCUUAUUUCAGGGAUCUCUUCAAGGACAAUCCAUGCCAACACCCCCUGUUCUUCUUGAAGGACACUUCAUAUGUAGACAUUGCAGCUGUGAUAGAGUUUGUGUACAAAGGAGAAGUGAAUGUGCUCCAAAGUCAGUUGGCAAGUUUCCUGAAGACAGCAGAGCUGCUCCAGGUCAAAGGACUCUCAGGGGAUGAAGAGGAAGACCAGGCACCCAGGUCUCAGCCGCCGGACCGGUCCCGCUUACCGUCCGGCCCGCCGCCGCCGCCGCCGCCGGUGCGCCAGCGGCCCCGCGAGUCGGCCGAGCCGCCCGCCUCGCCGCGGCUCAAGCGGCGCCGGCUCUCUGGCUCCUCGGGCAGCCGGCCGGGCUCUCCGUCAGCGGUGAGCGCCGCCCCGCCGCCGCCAGCAGCCGCCGCGGGGCCGCGCGACCCGGCCGCGGACGUGAUGGCCGGACCGCCGUGCGCCGCCCUACCGCCACCACCGCCGCCCGUGUCGGGCGCGGCUUUGGCGGAGCCGCCCCCGCCGCAGCACGAACCUCCGCCGCCGCCCCAGCCGGCGGCCGGCCGACAGGACUAUGGCAUCAAAGUGGAGAAAAUAGACAUUGCGGACGAUGACGAUGACGUUAGUUUAGAGGCCACACUGGGCCAGGUGUCGACGUUUGAGGCGUCCCAGUUCGAUGGGUCAGACCACUCGGCGAGCUCCCACGAUAUGAGCGGGCUUCUCUCCGGACUUUCCGACAGAGUCGGCGACGUGUUAGCUCCAUCGGCGUCGGCAGAGGACGGCUCAGCACAAGAUUCCAGCCACCUGCUGAGGUGUGAUCAGUGCGGACUCGCGUUCCCCAGCGCACCGCGACUGAGCGAGCACCGCGCCUGGCACCGCGGUGAGACCAUUUGCCACGUAUGCGGCCGCGUCUUCAGCCGGAUCGACCACAUGCGCCGCCACAUGCGCACCCGCCACCAGGUGGUGCUGCCGUCCCGCCGCUAGGGCGACGCCACCGCCAACGCAGGUAGGAUCUCGAUCGAAGUGGAUGUAGCUGUGGGCGAUGAUCGGCAGCGGGACGUCGCGUUCAAGGACCAAAGCUAAGCUCCGCGUGAAUGCUAGUGAUAAGAGGUCACCAGUGCGAUGGUGUCGGUGUCGGUGGAUGAUAUCUAACCACCAGUGGUGAUGGGUGUCGGUUAUUGGUGUCGGUUCUUGCCGGUGUCGGUGUGUAGAACACCAGUAUUUAUUAGUGUCGAUGUGUGUCCGAAAACCAGCGGUUGGUUUCGAUGUAGUGACCGUGCUACUGGUGCUAGGCUUACAGUCCAGUCAAACGGCAACUGGCAGGGUUUUAUGAAAUCCGACAAGUGCAUUUUAAAUGCUAAAAAAUACAUGUUUGCCGGUAUUAUUCUGAGAUAAUUCAGUGGUACCGUCAAGCACUGAACCGACGUAUGUAUGUUCAAUAACCUGUCCUAAUCUGGUAGAUGUUAGCGUUUAGAUGCAUGUGAUCAGUGUUUCAUCUUUGUUCAACGUGCUUCAAAGCACAACUCAUAAGCGUAAGUAUACACCACCGUUUAUUGUGACCAGCUUGCCAUGCAAUUCGAACCCUGUCAUUCAGUGCUAGUAAAGAAAUGAUUUAGUAUAGUAAGCACUUGGUAAGGACAAACUCUAUAUGUUGUAGCACACCGCCAAUGAAUAUCUUACAAACGGUGGGCAACACAUGCGGAACGAACUUCGCGUGAGAGCAUCCGGCCGCCUAUUUCGGUUACGCCAUGACACAAGGCCUUGACGUUGCGCUUAUGAACAGUGUGAUGUAUGCGUGAAGUUGAGUGAAUCCGAACUAUAUAACGACUGAUUCUCAUGUACACAUGUUGUGGAUGUAAACCUGCGAAUACAGCGUGAACUAGAUGUAACACCGCAGGUUUAGCGAUGAGGUCGUGCGAACAAAUUACGGGAGUCGAGAGAUUCAGCAAUAUUGCAAAGGUAGAAAGUGAAACCUACCAAUUUGGACAGCACUGCGAGCUGCGUCACGAAUUAAAAUACCGUUUUCGGAAGCACGCUGCCUGAACUCGAGUGCCGGAGCCAUGAGAUCGACCCAGCGAGGACUCGCUACUGGAACCAGAGGGUCGGCUCGGUUUCCCCCGCCGGUGGCGCCCCCUGCGCCGCUCCGGACGGACCCUCCCAGUGCGCCCUGCGCUCGGAGCUGAGCGGUCGCGGUCCGUGCGGCGCCGGCGCCGAGCCCCUGACCUCGGCUGCCCUCGCUGAGUUCCUGCGCGGCGUCAGAUUGGGCCCCAGACAGUUGGCCAGGUGAGCCCGCAGGUUGCGUUUGGUGGCGAGCACGGCGAAGCACCGUCGACAUGUGGUCUCUCCGCGGUGCACGGCCGUGUGGUGGGACAGGUUGGACGCGUCGCGGAACACCUUGUCACAGAGCCGACAGGCGAACGGAGCUUCCGGCCGGCCGGCCGAGCCGCCCGACAGCAGCCGAGUC